AUGCAUAAUCAAACCUUUUACCCUUAACAUAGAAAAAAUAGCUUAGUAAUUGAUCAAUACUCUAUUAGAUAGCAUGCCUAGUAAAAUAAUAGUGAUGAAAAAGUCUAUGAAAAUAGAUCGUUUUUGAACCCACCCUCACUUUAAUCUUUUUAGAUGAGAAUUAAAUCUAGAUCAUAAUCAAGGCAAAACAAGCAAUAAAGUAUUAUAGAACUCUUAUCUAAUAUGAACUAAUCUGAGCAAAACCUAAUAAGUGAUAUUCAAUCAAUCAGAAUAGACUCAAAGAAACUUAAAAAUCAAGAACUGCAUAAAUCCUUUGAAAUUGAUUAGUAGUCGACUGGAAAACAAAAUAGUUCUGUAAUCAUAGGAUAACAAAAAUAAUAAAUUCAUCAUCAACAGAUUUCUAUGUUUGAGUUAAAGCCUUAAGACAUGCUAACGUCUUCAACUGGAGCUAUUUCUAAUAAAAUAAAAGUUUUUAAUAGUAGACCCCAGAGUCAAGCGAUGAAAGACUAUAAGCCCAUAUUUUUACAAAGAAGGAAUAGAACUUAGAAUAAAAAUUCUAAUGGAAGCCAUCCACAUAUUAUAAGGAUUCAAGAUGUCACAGAACUUGAUGAUAGGAGCUACAGAGCUACAAGCACAUUUAAUUCAGAGAAAAAAGGGGUAAAUAGAGCUAGGAAAGAUGGGCUGAUUUCUCGUAAAUCAGACACUGAUAAUUCAGAUAUGAAUCACAUUCUCAACGAGACCACAAUUUAAUCUAACAAGGAUUGA